AUGUACCAACAUUAUCGUACAUUUCAAGGAAGGAAAUUGACCGACCAAGAAAGAGCCCGUGUUCUCGAAUUUCAGGACUCUAUCCAUUAUUCGCCACGUUAUUCAGAUGAUACAAACGAAUACAGGCAUGUAAUGCUUCCCAAAGCCAUGUUAAAAGUCAUACCUUCGGAUUAUUUCAAUUCUGAAGUAGGUACACUGCGUAUACUGACCGAAGAUGAAUGGAGAGGUCUCGGUAUCACACAAUCUCUGGGAUGGGAACACUACGAGUGUCAUGCACCAGAACCGCAUAUCUUGCUGUUCAAAAGACCUUUGAACUUCGAAGCGGAAUUAAGAGCGCAGCAAGCUGCUGCUGCGGUCCAGCAGCAGCAACAGGCCCAACCAUCAAUGCAGAAUCAGAACAGGGUUGCUGACGAAGCUUCUUUGCAGUAG